CAAAACCCCUCCUAAAACCUCUCACUCUCUGGUGAGAUCUUACCGGAGAGAAGAAAAUGUCGUCUUCCAGAAUCUUCCUUGUCGGAAAUUCCAUAUUCCGACCUCAAAAACCCUCGCUUCCAAUCUCUUUCAAUCGUUUCCCCUCUGUUUCUCUUCGCUUCCGAUGCUUCUCCAGUGAAGCCGCCACCGCCGCAACAUCCACCGUGAAUUCAGAUUUUCCGUCUCCGUCUCCGUCUCCACAUCCAUGGCCAGAGUGGAUAAGCUUCGUAGAUCGCUUGAAGACGAAGGGAUAUUUCACCAAAAACAUCGAAGAUGAUACGGUUUACCAAGAAAUGAACGUAGUCAAGGAUGCUUGUCUCAGCUUCGCUCGCGAUCGAUACGACAUCCUCAGAUCCUUAUCAUCGGGAGAUAUACAAGCUCUCGUGGAGCGUGGAUGCCCUAAUCUCUUUCGAAAAACUGUUAAUUCCUCCAAAAGGAUUCGAGCUCAUGUUCGAUUAGACGAAGGAGAUGUUUGUGGUUCUUGUGAGCUUCGUGGCUCGUGUGAUAGAGCUUAUGUGAUACUUAAGGAAACAGAAGCUGAUGCUCGAACAGUUGAUGUCAUGCGUUUACUCUUGUUUAAUGCGCUUGAUUCGGUUGUUAUCUCUCGAGGAAAGAUUCCACCAGGUAGGGAACUUGUUCAUGAGUCUGCAAGAAGACUUCUUUUAGAGUUGGUUGAGUUCAGUGAGAAGCCUCUAAACCUUGUCUUGCCAAAACCUGCUGCCAAGGAAUCUUUGCCUCCGAAGGAGAGAGUUUUUAAAUCUAGGAGGAACGAUGAGCCUUCUCAACGUGUUUGGUCUCAUUACAAUGCAGAUUGGGCUUGUCCUAAAUGCGACUUUUUAAACUUUGCCCGAAAUGAAAGAUGCCGAGAGUGCAAUGAAGUCGCUGACAGACGAUCUGUUGCUGCUGUUGUCAAGGAAGGAGACUGGUUAUGUCCUGAGUGCAAUUUCUCAAACUUCUCAAGAAACCAGAGCUGUCUGAAAUGCAAAGCAAAGGGACCAAAGAGAACUUCAAUGGAGAAUGUUGAAAUGAAAAAAGGAGACUGGAACUGCUCUGGGUGUGGAUUCAUGAACUUUUCUAGCAACAAACAGUGUAAACAGUGUCGGGAACGACGUCCCAAGAGGCAACUGGAGCCUGGAGAAUGGGAAUGUCCCUCAUGCGACUUCUUGAACUAUAGAAGAAACACUGUUUGCAAGAAAUGCGAGUGCAAACGACCUAGUGAAUCCAAUAACCAUCAAGAAGACCAUACAUGGAAGCGUCCCGUCUUACUGUAGACUUUUGCUUUUGGCACUGUAAACUUUUGCUUUUAGACUUGACAGAUUCACAGCUUCCUUUCAACUUGUUCUUUCUACU